AUGCCGAAGGAGGAGUGCAAAGUGGCUCCGGGCUGUAAGCAGCACAAGGAGCGGAAGCCCAAGAAGCCGCACUACAUCCCGCGUCCCUUCGGCAAGCCGUACAACUACAAAUGCUUCCAGUGUCCGUUCACCUGCAUGGAGAAGUCGCACCUGUACAACCACAUGAAGUACAGCCUGUGCAAAAACUCCCUCUCUCUGCUUAUAGAGUCCGACUGGCCUUAUAAGAAAGGCAACCUGCUCCAUUCAGACCACCUGCGGCUCCAGCAGGGGGCGCUGAACUCUCGUAACAGUCCGGCUAAGGAGAUGCCAGAAGGGGGCACUGUGGCAGAAGAUGCUUCCAUCCAAGCUCAAAACUUGGACCUCAGCUUCAACGAAGCUGAAGAGACGGAGACGGAAGAGCGGGACGCAGAGGGAGGGGCGGGCCAAUCGGAGGCUGCGGAGACAAACACCAACGGUGCGACCAACGAAAGUCCGAAGCAGGAGGCGGAACUUGUGAUGGCCGACGUGUUUUCAUUGGAGGAGCAGCUGCUCAGAGCGCGGUCAGUAGAAGUGGAGGCCAAACUGCGCCAUUACCGACUUUCCAAAACGUGCCUGUCCGGCCCGGCCGCGCUUCUGUCCGAACAGUUCCGCCUCCUUAGCAACCAGACGGCCAGCGCCAAGCCGAAGUCAGACACUGUGGCCGCUGGGUCGCUCCCCUGUUACCCUCCCCCUUUGACCCCGGGUCAUGUGGACUGCUCCGAAGCCCCCGGCCUUAACCUCUCACUGCUGGGGGUGGGAUACCCUUUGACCCCUGUCACCCCUGGACUCUUUUCCUACCUGAAUCCUGCCCUCAGUGCCGCCAACGCAGCCGCUGUCACCACAGCGACCGGCUCGGCUCAGAUCGGACCCCUGCCCUUCCUGGCGUCGGCGGCCCAGCUCACACACACUCACACACACUCGGACCGCACGCUGCUGACCCCUCCGAGACUCUACUACCCCUUCCUCUGCGAGCACACCUUCGGUAAGCAGCACAUCAUUCGAGAUCAAGCUAAGUCAUUGAAGUCCAGCGUGUCUCUGGACACCGCUGCCCCCACAUACACACCCAAACUGAACAUGUGGAAGGUUCCAGCGCUGAGACCCUCGAACCCUCAGACCUCAAACUCAGCCUGGACUUCUCCUGGCCGCUCAUCCACAGACAGGCUGCCGGCCCGCGACGCUAAAGAGCAGGGAGUGAAGAGGGCAGCGGCUGCUGUGGACUCCCACAGUGCACCAGUGGAGAAAAAAACACUGCUUUCCUUCCCACUGGACCGGGCCACGCCCACUGCCACCAUAACAGCCGACCGGCUUCUCCUGCACAGCUCUUUCUCUAGUCUGCACUCUCAGGCCGGGCUGGACGAGCGCUUCUCCGUCAGCCCCUCCAGCCCUGGCUCCUCCCCCCUCCACGGCUCGGAGAGAGCGAGGGAGCAGGGCGAGGAGAAGGAGCGAGGGAUGGACAGAGGGAUGGAGAGCUGCGCGGCCGCUCUGCUGCGUGAUCUCUCCUCGGCACUGCAGGAGUACCAGCAUGCGGAGCGUCAGGCCGCCCUGCAGCCCGAACAGCGCCACCUGUGGGCCCACCUGGGUAAAAUCCGCUCCGAGCUCUCCCACAUCCAGCAGGCGCUCGAGCGGACGGCCCGCCAGAGCGACGGACCCCUAGACCUGUCCGUCAAGAAGGAUGUGGUCGCCAUGACGAUCGCGGCGGAAGGUGUCAGGCAGCCGGGCGUCCUGGGAGAUGGGAAGGAAGCAAAAGAGGAGACAUGGUGCUCGGAGACGGACGAGGAAGAGGAAGACAGGGACGAGGGAGAGAUGGACGAAGAAGGGAGCGAAAUGAAAGAGAGACGCAAGCGUUCCCUGGACGUCCUGAUCAAGCUGAACCAGUCGGGGGUCUCCAUGGUGAAGCCGGGCGCUCCCCUGGUAAAGCCGGGCGUUUCCAUGGUGAAGUCUGAAGUUCUGCCCGGAGUCGGUGGAGGUCUGGCGCUGAGGGCGGCUGAGGCAGAAGCUUUAUGGCACAGCAGAACCACAAAGUGUGAAGCAGAUUCCAGCGUGCUGCUGUGCUCGAAAACACCAAACCGCCCAUCAUCCAUCCAGCACCUGGACCCUGUGUGCCCCCCCAGUCCACUGACGGCCACCGAUGCCUAA